GAUCUACAUCCCCAUCCAUUCAGUUGCUUCAUUCAGCCCUUAAAAUGAAAUUUGCUGCAAUCCUCUGCCUCUUCUUCGGAUUACUUGAGCUAAGCGUAGGCAGAUCGCAGAAUCCUGGUUGCCUUGAGAAGCCUGCCGUUGUAGGGGAGGGCAACGACUUCUUAUAUAGAUGGACUUUCUUUGCUAAACCGCGCGACUGCAAGCAGUUUGUCUAUUUGGGACGUAAAGGAAAUGGUAAUAGUUUCCUUACUCAAGAUAUAUGCGAGGACGAGUGCAUGUGGUAGAUCUCAAUAAUGAAAGACUACUAUUCGAAAUAAAUUGAAUUUGUUAUACGAA